AUGCUUCAAGACGUGGUCAUUUCUGUCCUGGGUCAGGAUCCAGAUAGGGCACAUAGGAUCAAUGCCAACUCUUUCCAACAGAACCCGAUCACAACUGUAAAUGGAUGGCAGUACGCUGCAUUUUAUACAGAGGCUUUGAAACCCGAGAAGACUGGUAUAUGUCAUGUCAACCUAGCUCGACGCAAAAUUCUGCCACCUGAUACAUCAAGCACAACCGGAGCAUGGCAGACACUGACCUUUGAAGAUUAUGACCAGACUGUUGACGAUGGUCACAAUACAAUUUCUAUUGGAGUUUGUAAAGGGGACGGGUCCAUCCAUAUAGCUUUUGACCACCACUGUGACAAAUUGAGAUUUAGAAUAUCGGAACUUGGGGCAGCAGCAGAGUCAGCAGAUCAUAGAUGGAAUGCCUCUCUUUUCUCGCAGACACAAGACUUCCUACCUGGUAUUUCCCCAAACGAACUCAUGAAAGAGGUGACAUAUCCACGUUUCGUGAACAUUGACGAUGAUCUUCUCCUCACGUACCGCAUUGGUCAAGCAGGCCUAGGAUCGGACGUGCUCUAUCGCUACUCAUCAGCUACACACAGUUACACUUACCUAGGCCAACAUCUGACCGGAGUAUCGAAUAGUCCUUACAUCAAUGGGAUCGACUAUCGCAACUCUCGACUUCAUAUCUCCUGGUGCUACCGCAAUUUCAUCCCGUUUCCUCCCUUGGCCACACCGGAUGCGCACAAGCAGCAAGCAGGACCCAACGGGCCAGAGAACAACUACGAUCUCAAUUAUGCCUUCUCCGAUGACCUUGGAGAGACCUGGAAGAGCGCUGAUAACCGUGUACUAGCCAAAAUUGGAAGCAAAUUGGAGAGCCAAAUGGAAGCCAUGAUUAAACCAGGUGCUGAAGGCGCCCAAGUCUUUGAGAUACCGAUGGGAAGUGGGAUAUUGAACCAAGAAGCACAAUCGGCAGACUGGUUAGGUGGUUUUUGGGCCCUGAAUCGAGAAAAUAGAAGCGGCGAGGAGAGUUGGAUGUUAUAUCGCCGCAAGCCAAAUGGCGAAUGGUCGAUGAUUGGCAUUACUAGUGCCUCGAAGCCCACGGAGACAGGUUCUCGAGCAAGUAUGUGUGUUGAUCGAAAUAACAACAUCUACCUCAUUCUUCCCGGUAACUCUGACUCUAGCUUAAGCAUCGUAAAAGGGCAUGCAAAAGAUGAUCAUUCCAAGUUUGAGACGAUCUGGAUAAGCUAUGGUUUCGGUGGCGAGCCUUUAGUUGAUGUGCAGAGAUUAGAGACAUCGAACGUCUUGUCAGUAUUUACAAGGACGGAGAGAACGACCGGCGGGAAGAGAGAUGUAGUCGUAAUAGACUUUCUUUUGUCUUAA